UUUUUUCUUCCUCUUUGUUUUAGUGUAAAUAUGAUUAAGCUCUGUCUGUUCAUUAGUGUCCUAGUAAAGGUAGGAUAAUACUGAAAAGGACAGGUAGAGCCACAAAACAAGUAUGAACAUAUGUCUUUUGAAACCUGUGGCAAUCAUUCAUAUGAGGCAAUGGACUCUGAAGACGUUCAUAGAUCUGAACAGCCAUGGCAAUCUAUUGGUAGCAAUGAAAACACCAGAAAAUAUGAGACUUCGAAGACGUAUUUCAAAACUAUUAUAUUAGUCUUCCUCUUUCUCGCUCUCAUUGCCGGAAUCGCAACGAUGACAGUCCUCUUUAGUAUUGAGAAAAUUAAAAGUAAAGAUCGAGAUUUGCUGUUCAAACAGCAGGAGGGAUAUGUACAGGAAAAACUUCAAAAUAUAAGUCAACAAGAAGAAAUCCUGAAGCAAGAAUCUGACAAACUAAAAGAACAACAGAACCUACUGAACCAACUAAGCGGAGAAUGGAUUCACUUAGAAACCAAAAGUUACCUAUUUUCAAACAAUGCCCUGACUUUCCAUAAAGCUGUGAGCAGCUGCAAAAAUAUUGGUGGAAAUCUUCUUGAAAAUAUAGACGUGAAGGACAGGAUAGCAAUUGAAUUGGAGUUAGUUAAACGAGACUAUAAUUUUACAUGGAUUGGGGUGACUGAUAUUCUUCAAGAAGGUGUCUUUGUAUACGAAUCAAAUGGCUCCAAAGUGGAGGUGGGCAACUGGGCAGAUGGGCAGCCAGGAGUUCAAGGAAGAAAGGAGAAUUGUGUUGUAGCACAAAAGGCUGACAAUUGGAAGUGGCAUGAUAUCAGGUGUAAUUAUUAUUACCCAUAUCUGUGUCAAAAAAGUAGAAUCAGUGAAAUCAGUCACAUACGAAAAUCCUUUAAAUGAAAAACUUUUUAAUCAGAUACCUUAUCAAUCCAUUGCACUAUAUAUUCUUAUGUUAAUUUUGCCCCUUUCUUCAAACACCGUUUAUAUAUUCAGACUUAAGAUUUGUUUCCUUGUUCAUGUUGCGUUAGACAGGACUAUACUUUUUUGUUCUAAGAAUUAUGGAUUUAAUUUACUAUAGCAAUCUCAAAGUACUUUUGUAAUUGAAGAUGAAAUUUGUACAAAUAAAAUAUCAAUCAAUUGAAAUUUAAAUAUUGUUUUCUUUAUCCAUAUGUAAAAAAUAAUCCUUAAUUACGUGCACAUUGAUAGUUGACGUUAAGUAUACCGCUUAUCGAGAAUUGUUGAUUGAUUUUAGUAUAAAACUUUGAAUCUUUGGAAGUUUUCUAGAAUUCAACUUGAGUCACUUUAAGCACAAGUAUAAUUUGUUUAAGGCAAUUCACCCUUUGGCUAAUGCGCUUUUUAUGCAGUGUUUAGCUUCGCUUGUUGGUGUUUAAAUUGUAUUACAAUGUCAGUAUAUUUCAUGUAUAUAUAAACCU